AAAUUGUUUCUUUAUUAUAGUGUAAUAUAUAAAUAAUUAUCAAAAUGAUGAAAUAUGAAGGAAACGAGAAAUUAAAAGAUCAAACAAAAUGUUCUGUAUUUCGAGCUAAUUUAAAAAUGUGUUUACUCGAAAGUGAAUGCUGCAAAGUUCACAAAAUUACACCAAAAGAAUGUCUUCGUUCUCAUCCUGAUCUCGUUCCAAAUGAAUGUUUUGCUUUUCGAAAUGGUUUUUACGAAUGCAAACGUAGUCUCAUCGAUAAUAGGAGAAGAUUCAGAGGAAUUAAGGGACAUGAGGAUAAAAUAUCUUAAAUUAUAUUUAGUAAAGGGUUUUCAACAGUUCCUUGGUAACUGGGAAAUUGAGGAGAAUAAAUUAUUAUUGAGCAAUAAAUCGUAAAUAAUCAAAUCGUAACACUAAAAAUAGAUUUAUAUUUUAAAUAACAAGUUUUCUUUUUUUUGAAACUUAUUGAUAUAUUUUUUAAUUUGAUUUGAAUUUUUUUAUUAUUCAUGAAUUAUUUUCUUUAUUUUUUUUUUUUUAUAUUAAAUUCGUAUUUUAUUUUGUUUGAAAAAUUUUUUUGCUGCAAAAGUUUUAUUUUUUCACAUUUACAAAUUCGGAAAUGAAUCACAGUUCAUUUACAAGUUUCUUGUCAGUGGAGCACUUGUUCCAUGGUCGAAUCUUGCUGUAUAGAAAUAUGUUAGUGUGAGAAAUUUCUUUUUUUUUCUAUUUAAUAAAUCUAUCAUUUAGUAACAAAC